GAGCUAAGAGAUUACAAAGGCACAGAGACCCAUAUGCCGACAAGCAAUGGAGACGUGUAAACUCAAUGUGAGGCGAAUGAGAGGUAACGAUCAAGGGAUUGUUGAAAAUGACUCCCCAGCAGAACCACAUGGCAGCAGCCCUGCUCGACCUGUUUCUGCUCUUGUUCGCCUCUACGUGUAUGCGCUGCAUGGCUGCCUCUGCGAGGUGGCCUUCACUGCUGUGUGGGACUGGUGCAGCACCCAGGACAGGAGGCUGGCAGGCCACAGUAGUCUGUGGGCGCUGCCCAUGUAUGCCACAGCAAUCUAUCUCAUGGAGAGGCUGAGGGCCCUGAUGCUCGCUCAGAAUCACUCACUGACUGUGCGGCUCAUGCUCUACACUGUUUUCAUCUACCUGUGGGAGUUCAGCUGGGGUGUGGGGCUUAGUUUGUUAGGAGCCUGUCCAUGGGACUACUCAGGCCAUAGGUACAACCUGAGAGGACUGAUAACUCUGGACUAUGCACUUCCCUGGGCUGUGGCUGCAUAUAUAGCAGAACAGCAUGUGAUCAGGCACACUUUAAGAAUAAGACUGCAUAACUGAACCGCUGUUGUGACGAUCUGGAUUCAUGUGCUUCCAAAACACUUAAUUAAUUAAUUUCAUAUUAAUUAUAUUGAAAGUAACUAUUCUGUUGUUUUUAGCAGUAUAAUA